CCGCAGAUGGCUCUCUUCUUCCAACACGCUUGACGGUGCGCUCGGUAUUAUGUUCAGUGGGACCAGGCUGAUUUUAGAGCACUACACCCUCUCCGAUCCUCUCGCCGCCGUGAAGAACUCGGGCUCAGCUGCGGCUGCUAGUCCCGUGUAGGCAUAGCCUAGCAGAUGAAAGGGCGUCAAAAAUAAUUGUACCAUGACCUUACUAGCUGAGUCUGAGUUUAAAUUAUGUCUCAAGCAGUUUAUUGAUGUGUCAAAUGAAAUUAAAGAUACAUGGGAGAUAGUGUCUUUAGACGAGCCACACAAACAUGAUGAAAGACAGGAGUACAUGAUAAAGAGGAAUGUCUCAAGACUAUUAGAGUGCCCUCAGCAGAGCGGAGUAGAAGAUACGGUAUUGCAAUAUGAUGAGGGAUGGACACAAGAAACAGAUGAGGAUGAUGUAAUGGCUGAAGAGCAGACUACAGGAGGCGGUAUACUGUGUACGUACGAGUAUCACGUUGUCUACAGUCAUAGCUAUGCGGUUCCAGUUCUGUACUUCAAUGCUUGCAAACCAGAUGGCCAGUUGCUGAGCCUGGACGAGGUAUGGGAGAUGAUCCCUGACCAUUAUCAAACACGCCUACAACAUGAACGCUGGACAUUCAUAACACAGCAGGAACACCCGAUUCUUGGACGUCCAUUUUUCACACUGCACCCAUGUCAUACAGCUGAUCUGAUGAAGACAGUUUUAACAAACAAAACCAUAAGGUCAUCUUAUUUAGUCAGUUGGUUAAGUUCAGUUGGUCCAGUGGUAGGCCUUGAACUGUCAUUGGACUAUGCUAAGCUGUGUAAAGAUUGAGGCAAUUCGAUGGCUCGCAGCAGUGGUCAGUUGUUCCGGUGGGUAGUGUUGGGUCAUGCUAAGCUGUGUGGAGAUUAAGGCAGUCUGAUACUCAGCAACAUCAUAAGCUUCAAUGGUAUGCCACAGAUACUAUGAAUCAGUGCCCCUCCCCUACCCCCUCCAUGGAGCAGGUCCGGC